GGCACAAAUAACUCGAGAUAAACCAAGUAAUCGUUGUUAAAAUGGCAAACUGUGGCAUGGGCAGUGAAGAAGAGCAUUUUAAAGAUGUCAAGAUACUCCUUUUUGAAGAUCCUACGGAGGAAAUAGCAACAAUGGUCACUCCGGACCAGGACCAAUGUCAUCGAAAUCAAAUUGCUUCAGAUCCAAUUAUCGAGUCAGGAAACGCAACAGCCACUAACAAAAUAAGUGAUUCUACCCUACGUGAAUACUGCUAUCUACUAUCAUGGCUGCGGGAAGUGUUCGAAACAAAGCUUCGUUUAAAGUUAAGGAAGUUAACUGAGUUCACUACAUGUAUUCUUUGUCAGAAACCAAUCAACGACGUGUUUGAUAUGGUGUUCGUUGAGCAAUACCACCUGAUAUGCCUGUUGGGGCAACGUUAUGAUCAAGUUUUAGAUGUAGCUACUACCUCCGAUAUACAGAUAUGUAAAAUCAACUUAUUUCAUUCGUUCAAAAACUCCUGUAACCAAAAGGCACUCAUUGAAACGUGUCCACUUUUUCAACGUUUUCUCGAGUAUCUGAAAUCGGAAAUUACGAUCAACACCAACAUGACCAACAUAACGGAAGCACUAGAGCAGAUUGGAGGAAGCACAGAAAGUGGCACUGUCACUCUACCGCUUUUUAAAUGUCGCUUUUGCGAUUUACGAUCCGAGCAGGAAUAUCUUCUUCUACGUCAUGAGAUAAGCCAUCCUGAAACGAUCGUCAAAAAGAAGUGUUUCCAAUCAGUCCGUAAGGAUAAGCAAAUGUGUCCUUAUUGUAGGAAAGUGUACGAUCGUUCAGAAAAUAGUAAAAGUCAUGAAGAAGCACACGAAAGGGCACUUAAAUUCCACUGGGCCGGACUCGUACGGAGGACCUAUCAAUGCGGUACAUUACGAGCUAGACGGCGAGAGAGAUUAAAAAGCGAAACGGCUUCACAACCAUCGUACUCAGUAAGGCCAUACACAAAUAGAAGGAAACUAAUUGCCAUACAGCGGAUGUAAUAGUGAUAAAUUUUAAUUCUUAAAUAUAAGCUCCUAAGGUGAUCAUAAUCUAUAGUGAAAUACUCGAUGGAGGGACUUUUCUUAUCAACCAUCGAGGAUGAGGAUUGAGUUGAAUUCCAGUGGUUUGUUCUGAUGUUACGCAUGGCAGUUAUGCCCCACAGGUAAGUUAAGACAUAAUAUCACAUGUGAUAUAGGUUAGCCGUCAAACUUUUAAGUUCACCGAAUUAAACUUUUAUUAUGACCUGUUAAAAGUCGAAAAUGUAAAAGCGGGAAGUUUAAAAGUAUAAAAUUGAUUAAAAAAACAACCGAAAGUGCGAGUUGUGUCUUUACUCAGAA